CCACAGUCGCCAUUCUCCCCACUCCCCCCCCCCCCUCCUCUCUCUCUCCUUCUCUCUCAGUGUCUGUUUUCUCCAUCUCGAGCUUUUCCAUAGCACCUGAUUCCUCCUCUAGAGCUUGUUGCUCAGCUGGCUAGCGUGUUGACAGCCGCUGUAGUCAAUUUUCUCUCGUUGGAGGGAGUGGUUUCUGUGUUGUGAAGUUUGCAGUUUGCACAGGAUUUUUAUCGAGACCCAGUUUGCUCGGUUGGGUUUUAUCCGGGGUUUCUCUUCCACCCUCAGAUUAUCUACGAAAUAUCCAAGCACUGAAGAGAUUCCCACACUUAGAAAACUGUGAGCUGCAUGCGUGAAAAUCCACCGCGAUCUGGAGCGAGGAUGACUAUUCGUCCUGGACCGCUUACUUCUCGAAAUUCGCCGACCGCUGUUACCAGUAAAUCGAGUGCUAAAGGGAUGGAUGUGGAGAAGAUGAACGAUUUCGAGCAACGUCACCUUCCGAAUAAGAGCAGGUCUCACAGUCCGUAUGGUCACAUCGGAAGUCCCACGACGCCGUUGAACUUCGAACAUCUCUUCCUCCAGAGUCAGCUUUCAUUAAACAGCGACUUGUCUCAGCAGGAGCAGGCCAUGUUGCAAGCGCAGCUACUGAACAAUAUGAGAAGCACAGGCAUGGGUCCUAGACCGAAGCAGCAGCAGCAGCAGCCCCAGCAGUCUCUUGUCACGCUUGACCAGUUAAGGCAAGUGUACAAUAGAGGUGAACAAGAACAAGCACACAGUAGGGGCGAGCAGGAGCAUGCUGAAUGGAAUACUCGAUUAUUCACUGCCGCCGCCGCGCAGCAGCAGCAUCAACUUCAACAAGACCAGGGUCAGAUUCUGAGAGAAGAUCCUUCCAACGAGCCAUCCAUUAACGCUCUGCUGGCGCAGAAGUUUGCGCAGUUGGAGAGGCAAAAAGCUGAGAUUCAAAAGUCCGCCAGCCAACCCCAGCAAGUGCAAGUUCAGCUAUAUCCAUCGCAAUGGUCCGUUCCGUCUCAGCAACAGAGCAAUGCGAUGGCGCAAUCUGUCGUGGUGCCUCCGGCGUCGUCAGUUGCUCCCUCCGAAUCUGCUCGGCAUUCUGCUCAAGCCAACGGGCACUACUUUUCAUUCCAGAAUCAACCGCCUCGGCAGCCUCAACACCAGCAUGUGGGUAUGGGAGAGCCCCGGGACCAAUAUUAUGGCACCAAGCAAGAAAUGAACUGGCGGGCUAGUCAGGAUAGCAGGGCGAAUGCAAGUGGUGCGGGAUGGAGUGUGAACAAUGCGGCGGUUUCAAGUCAUGACAUGGCGAGCAGUUCGCAUCGCAUGUACUUAUCACAACAACAUUUGCAACAACCCCAGCAAUUUAAGCAGCCACAGGCAAUAGCAUGUCAGCCCCAGAUUGUCAGCUAUCAGAUGCAGCAGCAACAGCAGCAGCAACCCAUGUCGCAUCAGAGAGUAGAGUUUGCGGUGCCUCAGGCGCAACCAUUCAGCAGCUUCCAGUUGAAUGGUUUACCUGCUGUUGACGUGGGAACGUCGGGCCCCAUGCUGGUUUCGUCAAGAUGUGAUAAAACUGGUGGAAAGUCGGUAGAGAUCACGGGCUUGACUGAACAUCACGGUGACGACUUAGAAAUGAGCGUGGACAAUUUUUCCGGGCGGUUGUCUUCCAUGGUCUGUCAAUCACAAAAUGGACCUGCACCGAAUUCUCAGGUUUCAUUCAGCAACAACUUUCACAUGUUGCCACAAAGCUCGAAGUCGGCCUUCAGCAUCUUCACACGACCAAGCUCGAACCUGAACCCCUCGACGGAAGCAGGGUUUGUGACAAGGAGCUUGCUCUUCAACGACACAUAUAAGUCUAGCGGAGGAGACUUCGACAUGACGCACAAUGACGUAGAUACGGAGCUUCGGCUGUGAUGAAAUGGUUGCCAUGAAGUCGCAGUUUGUGGUCUUAUUAAUACGAGAGCUGAUUUGUUCCACAGAGAUGUAGGCUCGAGCUCUCCCAUCCUGUGCGAUGAUUUUGUGAUGGCUGUGGGAUACUCCGAUCGAAAGACGGCGCUCAUGAAAGUACAAGGAGAAGCGUGUACUCGAGGUGCAUCACUCUUUUUUGGUGUGAGAGUAUGAGAUAACCAUUGCCUGCGAGCGACAUACUAUUAGUGUCUCAGUGUCGUUCCAUCUGAAUGAACCGUAGAGGAGGGAUUUCUAGCCGAACAGCUAAAAAUCCAUCUCUCUUGUGUGUACAUACGCUGUAUAUUCUGCCAGCAACUUGUAUGCUUUGCCGUUUGUCGCAACAUGUGGGCGAGGUUUGUCGCAUUUGGACAGAUCUAUUGCAAAUCACCUCGCAGUUUUUUGUCCACAAGUGUGCUUGUAUAUGCUAGACGAACUGGUCAGUGUGAGCGACAGUUUGCUUUAGCGUCUACCCAUGCAGGAGCUUAUUUAUUGCAAUAUUGACGAGUAGUUCAGUCUGCUGCAACAAGUGUGCUUUCGCAGACACCAAUUUUGUCUCGACAAAUGUGUGUUGUUCAAUAUCAGUUACUUCGAGGGAAAAUCUAGAGUAGUCAGUUUUGGUAUGGAAUAGUACAUACUUAAAGCUUUGUAGCAUAUGUUCGAACAGGUUGGUAGUAUCAAUGGAGAGGUCAGCAACUUAAACUUUACUUUCGAUAGCUAUUUUAUAGCAAAAUAUGGAGUAAAGUCUGUUCAGCAUUAGCA